GACUGGUUUCCAAAACUUCAUGACGUCAUUCACGGAACCCGGCACUCAGAUCUAUAUUGUUUACAGUGAGCUGCCAGUGAAAAUCUACAGAAAAUCUCUAUAGUUCCUUACUCAAGAAUAAGUUUUUUUUUCGAAAAUGCCCGAUCGCUGUGUAGUGGGCGGCUGUGAUAACAUCAACAGUCGUGAAAACGGUAUUUCUCUUCACAAAAUUCCGUAUUACGGUGACCAGAGACUUGACGCAAUUCGACGCCGAAAGAGAUGGACAGACUUUGUCCAGAUUAGAAGAAAAAACUGGACAGCAACACAAUCGUCAAUGAUCUGUUCAGAUCAUUUCAAUCCGGAAGAUUAUGCCAGACAAUUUGCAUGGAUUCCGGGACAAUCUGCAUCCAACAGCCAAAGACUCAAGAGAGAUGAAAUCGGCAUUGUAGCUUUUCCUUCAGUUUACAAGGACAGACCAAAGCAAAUGUCCGAGUCAGCUGAAAAGCGUCGCAGGCGAAUGAUUUUCAAGGAAAUUCUACAAGAGAAUACAUGUAGUCAUGAUGAUCGAGAGCAUCAACUUCAGGAGGACAAGGUCGAUGUAGUACAGGUGCCACCAGUUCAAGAUAUUAACGAUAAUUGCACGAUCAGCGAGACAGAUCAAGAAGCCGAUCACGAACUUGUCGAAGUUCCAUCAAUAUCAGAUUUGCCGUGUAUAAAGAGCACUCAAACGCCAGAUUUUGAUUGUGACGCAUGCAAAUUCCUGGAAAAGCGAAAUCGCCAACUGUGCAAUCAAUGGACCUCUACGAAGAUAAAACUAAAAAAGUGUAGAUACGAGCUGAGAAAAAAACAGCAAAAGAAUCAUGAUCUGAGCAGUGAUCAGAGUUUGGAUGGCAAUUUACUACAAGAGGAACCUCUAAAUCCAGUUCCCUUACCAACUCUGUGCGAUGAAAUCCCUGAUAAUGACAGCGACUGUGAUAUGGAUUACGAUAGUUGCCAUGACUACAGUUCUGAUGUUGACAACGUGACUGAGGUUGAAAUGACUUUUGGAGAUGAGACAGAGUCAGAUGGAGAUGAUGCUGACCAGAGGUCUGGGGUUCACAUUAGUGAUGGAAAUUUGAGAGAUGAGCCAAAGCACAUUGUUUUUUUAUCGCAGCUUUUGCUUUUGUUUAAUGUUUGCCACUUUUGCAAAAGUGACAAUCCACUAGUUACAAGACGGGUGAUUGGAACAAUGGUUGAAGUAAAGUCUGCAUGUACAAAUCUUAAGUGCCGUAAAGAGUACAUUUGGAAAAGCCAGCCAAACUUUCCAGGCACAAGAAUUGCUGCUGGAAAUCUUCUAUUAUGUUUUGCUAUUCUCAUGGCUGGAGGCUCCAUAAGUAAAGUUUCCCAGGUUUUCAAGCACAUGGGUCUAUCGUGCAUUUCCUUGGCAACUUUCUUUCGUCAUCAACGGAACAUCCUGUUUCCUUCAAUUCAUGUCCAUUGGAAAGCAUAUCAGCAAAAGUUAUUGCAAAAAGUGAAAGACCUUGGUAAUAAUGUGGUGAUGGCUGGUGAUGGACGACAUGAUAGCAUGGGGCACAGUGCGAAGUACUGUGCAUACACACUAUUUUGUUGUACAUUACCUCUCAUUCUGCAUUUCACACUAGUUCAGAGGAAUGAAGCUGGAAGCAGCCCAGCCAUGGAAUAUAUGGGCUUUCAAAACUGUAUCAAUUUUAUUCUUGGAAGUGGUGUGGUAGUUGGAGCAUUUAUUUCAGAUAGGCACACUUCCAUAGCCAAACACAUGAGAGAAAAACUGAGUCAUAUUAAGCAUUACUAUGAUUUAUGGCAUCUAAAGAAAAAAAUCCAAAAGGUUUUGGUGAAGAUUUCUAAAGAGAAAAUGUGUGAAGCCCUAGCAGAAUGGAUAAAGCCAUGCACAAACCAUUUUUAUUGGAGUGUGACAUCAACCAUCACUGGCAGUGGAAAACUUAUAUGGUCCAAGUUCAAGUCCUACCUGAACCAUAUCAUCAACAAGCAUGAGAAUUUCGAUGACCCAAUGUUCAAGAAAUGUGCCCAUUCAAGUAAUAUUCCACAACGUAAAUGGUUGACCAAAGAUUCCCUUGUUUAUGAAAAAGUUGAAAAGGCAUUAACCAACACAAGGCUUGUUGCAGCAAUAGAAAAAGCAUCAGCAGCUGAUCAAACGAGUUGCCUUGAAGGCUUUCAUUCAGUCUUAAACCAUUUUGCACCAAAAAUGAUCGCCUAUUCCUAUGUAGGAAUGUUAUGCAGGCAUAUCAUCGCAGUUCUACACUUCAACACCAACUUACAUAGGGAAUUCAGGAAAAGGCCUGAUGGCUCAGAGCAAAUUUCAGUAAUUUUUCCAAAAUUCAAAAAUGGUGAAGCUACCAUUAGAAAUGUGAAAGUGAAGCCAUCCUAUGAUUAUGUGGAGGAGGUCUAUCAAACCAUGGUUAGCAACAUCAACAGCAACACCCUUACUGAGGCUAUCGAGGAAUUAAAAGAGAUGACACCAGCAGCAAUGAACACAAUGCUCGAUAAAGAAAUGAGGGAAGAUGCCAUAGAAAAGUUCCAUAGAAGGAAGUCCAUGACUGUUAAAGAUGUACCAGCUUGUACACCAGAACCACCUAAAGAGCAAGAGAUCUCAACUACAAAACCACCAAAGAAAAAGAAAAGAAAAGCCCCAUGUUGUUCUGAAUGUAAAAAGCCAAUGAAAGACCACAAAAGUGUUUUGACAUGUAUAAGGAAUACUUCAAGAAGUUGUUAGACAUGGUGUUUCAUAUUUUUAAUAAUUAUCUGUUGCUGAUUGCUUCGGUUUCUUUUACUAGCCUCCUAUGUAAAGUUGAAAUUCAAACAUUUAAUAAAUACAAUGACAAUUUUAAAACAAAA